UCAGUUACAAUCAGACCAUCAUCUGAUCAGUCAACCCCUGCACAGACAGCACAGAGAACAGACAAGACGACGUGAGAGACGAGUGCAUCUCGUGCCCACUAUUUUACUUGUAUGUCUCACUUCUCUGAAGCUCAUCAUGAAGGACACCACAUCAGCUGCAGAAUUCUUAGAGUACACAGAUUAUGACUACCCAAACACUUCUUACUAUGAUGACAAUGGACAUGAGGAUGACACUGCUGCUGCCCCCUGCAGUCUGAAGGAAACAUGGGACAUUCUUGGUCGCUUUGCCCCCGUGGCUUACAUCCUAGUCUUUAUCUUGGCACUAGUGGGUAACAUCCUGGUUCUGUUCGUGAUCCGUCGCUAUCGGCAGUCUCGACACAGCCCCUGCUCCUUCUCACUGACAGACACUUUCCUGCUCCAUUUGGCCAUCUCUGACCUUCUACUGGCUAUAACUUUGCCGUUUUUCGCCGUCGAGUGGAUCAAUGAGUGGGUCUUCGGUGUAAUCAUGUGUAAAAUAGCUGGAGCGUUGUUCUCGCUAAACGUCUAUUGUGGAGUGCUUUUUCUGGCCUGCAUCAGUUUUGACCGAUACCUGGCUAUCGUACAUGCCAUCAACAUUAGCUGGAGACGCAAGACCUGCCACGCUCAGCUGGCCUGUGCCACCAUCUGGGGAGUCUGCCUGGGACUGGCGAUGGUGGAUGUGUACUACCGCAAUGUGGUGAAUGUAUACGGCAUAAAUCGGUUGAUGUGCCACAUAGAUUUUUCUCAAGAGAACAGCCAGCAAUGGCAGAUCGGCAUGCAGCUGGUUAGCAUGAUUAUUGGAUUCAUACUUCCCCUACUGGUCAUGCUGUAUUGCUACCUUCGCAUUUUCAAAGCACUCUGCCACGCCACGCGUAGGCAGAAACGACGCUCGCUGAGGCUCAUCAUCUCAUUGGUCAUUGUGUUUGUAGUCAGUUGGGCGCCUUAUAAUGCCUUGCGGAUGACCGACAGCUUGCAGAUGCUUGGGGUCAUUGUCAAAACCUGCGCGCUCAACAAGGUGCUAGAUGUGGGCACUUUUGUGACAGAGAGCCUGGGGUUGGCGCAUUGUGCUUUAAAUCCACUACUCUAUGGCCUUGUGGGGGUAAAGUUCCGUCGUGAGCUUGCUCAGAUGUGCAAGGCUGCUCUAGGACCCCAGGGGUGCCUCGGAUUAGCAGGAUGGGCAAACGGUCGGGGAUCAACCCGCAGGCCUACUGGAUCAUUCAGCUCGGUGGAGAGUGAGAAUACCUCGUACUUCUCUGUCAUGGCCUGAAAAGAGUGCAAAUGGCAGGAACAAGAGUGCAAGAAUAGAAGUGAUGGUUGUUUUUAUCUGGAAUUGGGAAGAAACCACAAUUUCAGUUUGUGUGGUCUGAGAGAUAUUCAAACUUUUUCUUUUUUGAAGCAAGGCAUUUUCUAACGCAGUCUUAACAUCUAUUCUGUUGGAG